CUGAACCGGUAUAUUAGGGAUCAGGCGGUCCCUCAGACUUUCUAAUGAUUUCUGGAUCCCAUGCUUUAUGAAGUAUCCACAGCACAGCAUGUGCCAAUAACUGCCUUGGCUGAAGACCUUUUGCUCUCUUCGCGAUGGGCGGCCAAAUCUCUGUGGACAAGUCGGUGCAGGUGGUGAUAGUCGGGGGCGGCUUCGGUGGGAUUGAAGCUGCCCGCAAGCUCAAGUGUUGGGGAGUCCCCUUCGUUCUGGUGGACAUGAGGGACGCUUUCCACCACAAUGUCGCUGCUCUCCGGGCUGCCGUACAGAGUGGAUUUGCCAAGAAAACUUUCAUCUCCUUCUCCAAGACCUUCGGGGGCAGUUUCCGGCAGGGUCUGGUAGUUGGAAUUGACUUGGAGAAACGGCAUGUCCUGUUGAAUGAUGGUGAACAGCUCUGCUAUUCCCACCUGAUCCUUGCCACCGGGAGUGAUGGGCCUUUCCCAGGAAAAUUUGACAAACCCAUGGACAUGCAGUCUGCUAUUCAGACCUAUGAGGACAUGGUUGAAGAGGUUGAAAAAUCUCCCCGCAUAGUAAUUGUGGGGGGAGGUUCUGCUGGUGUUGAAAUGGCUGCGGAGGUUAAGACGAAGUAUCCCAACAAAGAGGUCACCCUUAUUCACUCAAAAGUUGCACUGGCAGAUCCAGAAGUGCUCCCCAGAGUUCGGCAGGAGGUGAAGGAGUCCCUUUUAAAAGAGGGGGUACAUCUCUUAUUGAGUCAGAAAGUUGAAAACCUGCAAUCGCUGACUUUAAACCAAUUCAAAGAGAACAUGAUAGUGAAGACAGACAAAGGCACAGAGAUUGUUACUGACAUGGUGAUUCUCUGCACUGGGAUAAAGGUCAAUUCUGCAGCAUACAGUGGUGCAUUCAGCGACAAGCUGGCAAGUAAUGGUGCUUUGCAAGUGAACGAGUACCUUCAGGUUAAAGGAUAUGAUAACAUUUAUGCUAUUGGUGAUUGCGCUGAUGUGAAUGAGCCAAAAAUGGCAUACCAUGCUGGGCUCCAUGCAGAUGUUGCAGUGACAAACAUUGUCAACAGCCUGACACAGAAGCCUCUGAAAACCUAUACACCAGGAUCACUCACCUUCCUGAUCUCACUGGGAAGAUGUGAUGGAGUGGGCCAAAUCAGUGACUGCUACGUGGGACAUCUCUUAGUGACAAUUGUUAAAAGCAGGGAUCUUUUCCUCUCACAAAGCUGGAGAAAGAUGGGUCAGUGUAUGCCAUGCUAGAUAGAAAGGGGCUUGCAAGAAAAGAUGCAGGUGUAACAGGACCAGUGCCAAAAAAGAAUAUACCUUUCAAUUAAAGAAGGGUUGGGUAGUUAUUACUAAUUUUAAAAAGCUUAACUUUUAU